CUAUUCAUGUGAGUGCACUUGUCACAACGACACUAGAUGUCCUUGAGAUUAUUCAUAGAUGUCAUUGAUUCAGCCCCCAUUGUCUACAGUAUAUAAGAGUAUAUCGCCAACCCAACAGAAAUACACAGAACAAAGGGUGAAUGCACAGAAACAGAUUUGAGCAGAAAAGGAGCUUCUGACAAUGGAGAGUCAAAGAAUGCUUUCCGCGUUGCUUCUGUUGACGAUGGGUAUGGUGACCACUGCUCUUGCUGCAACUACUACUAUUGCAGACAUCACUUCAACGGUUGGCUCUUCAUCAGCCACUGCAACUACUACUAUUGCAGACAUCACUUCAACGGUUGGCUCUUCAUCAGCCACUGUGUGUGGCACCCCUCCACUCAACAACAAAAUAGUGGGAGGAGAAAAUGCCCCUGCAGGAAGUUGGCCCUGGCAGGCAAGUCUCCAAACGUUUGACAGACAUGUUUGUGGUGGGUCCCUCAUCAACAAGGUGUGGGUGAUGUCUGCAGCCCACUGCUUCUCUAGCUCAGACCCAAAUGGUUGGAACAUUAACCUUGGUCAACAGACCCUGGAGGGGAUUAACCCCAACAAAGUGUCCAGAACUGUGGCUGAGAUCAUUAUACAUCCAGAUUACAACGAUUUAACAAACGACAACGACAUCGCUCUGCUCAAACUCUCCUCACCAGUCAACUUCACAAACUACAUCCGACCCGUCUGUCUGGCAGCAAGUGAUAGUGUUUUCAACAAUGGUACUGAUAGCUGGGUGACCGGCUGGGGCAACAUCAAUGAAGGAGUUCCCCUCCCAUCCCCCCAGGAUCUGCAAGAAGUGGAGGUUUCAGUUGUGGGGAACAGACAGUGUGACUGCCUCAAUGGGGCCGGCUCAAUCACAGACAACAUGCUCUGUGCUGGUGAUCUGACAGGGGGCAAGGACUCAUGUCAGGGUGACUCAGGAGGGCCAAUGGUGAACCAACAGAACUCUGUCUGGGUCCAGUCUGGGAUUGUUAGUUGGGGUCAAGGCUGCGCUCGGCCCAAUCUCCCUGGGAUCUACACCAGAGUGUCCCGUUACCAGUCCUGGAUCGACUCCCAUAUCAGGACCGACAAGCCAGGCUUUGUCCAAUUUACCUCCAGUGGGGUAGAUGCUGACAGCUAUUACAUCUGUUCUGAUGGCCCAACAACUACUGUCGACGCCUACCCUUACCCCUACCCUUACCCCUACCCUUACCCCUACCCUUACCCUUACCCCUACCCUUGCGAUUCCAUUUUUGAUCAUGGGCACAGUUUGUUCAGCUCCCUUUAUUUGCUGAGCACCUUGUUCAUUCUGAUGUUUCUUACCAUUUAAAUUCUUUCCGUGAUGCAGUCAAGGGCAAAGGUUUAAUUGGCAGUCUGAGUGCUAUUCGUUCGGGAGAUGUAUCUUUUAAAGUAAUGGCUGGCGUGCUCUGGAAGAACGAGAGUUGGGAAGGAGAUAGGAUAUGAGUUGGGAAGGAGAUAGGAUAUGAGUUGGGAAGGAGAUAGGAUAUGAGUUGGGAAGGAGAUAGGAUAUGAGUUGGGAAGGAGAUAGGAUAUGAGUUGGGAAGGAGAUAGGAUAUGAGUUGGGAAGGAGAUAGGAUAUGAGUUGGGAAGGAGAUAGGAUAUGAGUUGGGAAGGAGAUAGGAUAUGAGUUGGGAAGGAGAUAGGAUAUGAGUUGGGAAGGAGAUAGGAUAUGAGUUGGGAAGGAGAUAGGAUAUGAGUUGGGAAGGAGAUAGGAUAUGAGUUGGGAAGGAGAUAGAAUAUGAGUUGGGAAGGAGAUAGCCUAUUGCUGCAUAUCCUAUCUAGUAUAUUGUGUGUUCACUUUUCCCUGGAUAGCCUAUUGCUGAGUGAGUGUUGUUUUCAAUGGGCCUUACUGUUGUCUUGAUUUAUUUGUGAAGAUGGAUAACCUGAAAUGUAUUUACUUAUUAAAGGGGCAAUAUGGGAUUCAAACAAACAGUGACCCUGACAUUGUUUUUGUAAAAAGCUUAGGGAUAGAGGCUAAAGAAAUGUAUCUCUUAAAAAGCUUAGGGAUAGAGGCUAAAGAAAUGUAUCUCUUAAAAAGCUUAGGGAUAGAGGCUAAAGAAAUGUAUCUCUUAAAUUCAUAGACAGCGGUUUGAUAGCUUUAACCAAGUUUUGUAAGCUUUACAAUGUUUUUUUUUACAAUUACAUUGUUUAUAAAAAAUAUAUUAAAACAAGCUUAUAUUUUGGCUUGUGGUGAAGUAGGACAGCACUAAGCUCAUGAGACAUUUUAAGUUACAUUCUUCAAGAAUUAAUGGCUAUAUAUCAUUAAAGAUGCACUUUAGUCUCAUUUUCAUCUCAUUUAUCACGUUAUUUAUUUAACAGAAGGCACAUCUCAAUAGGUGGUUCAAGUAAGUCAUGACAUGUCUUGAAGUGGGAUGAAGUGGGAGGGGCUUUCCCCCUUCUGUUAUCUAUUGGUCCUCUAACCACUAAUCUGCACAAAACAUAUAUGUUAAACCCUUAAGUGGGUGUACAUUAAUUGGGAUAGAUAUUGUUUCAACAAGAAACAUUUAUUUUUUAAAUCUUUUUUUUUAGCUGGAGUGUGUCUAAUUUAUAAGUAAAAAAAUGGGUGUACUAUUCCCAGAUUGCCCUUUUAAUAUUUGAGAAAUGACAAAUCCUUUUGCUAUGAAAGUUGUAUAAGAAUGAAAAAUCAAAUGUCUUUCUGGAGCGGCCUGCAGUGGUCUUGUGGUUUAGUGCCACAGCCCGACUGGAUAAGAGCAUCUGCUAAAUGACUGCCAUGUGAAACUUCUCCUGUCUUUCUCGUCUCUUCUUCUAUCUUUCCUAUCAAUUAAAAGCAUGGUUAACACUAUGCUUUAAAUACACAUAUUAACCUUUCCUAAAGAAGGCACUGCAUUGUGAAACUUUUGUUGAGGUUUAUUCAUUAAAAUGUUGUGAACACAUA